AUGAAGUUACUAGAAGAGAUCCAAUGCAUAGCCGCAGGGAAAAGAAAAAUACGAAUUGAGAACCAACUGUCACCAGGCGUUUUUCAUGAGUAUUUAAAAGUAGAAGAUGUAAGAGAGGUUUAUCACAUUUCCUUUGUGACUACUGACAUGGUAUGGAUUAGUGAUUCAAGUGGACAUACUAUCCUGACAAACAAAAAAGGUACCCGUUUACACAUUCUGGCAGAUACAGGUAGUCGUACUGGUGGACACUGUGUGAAUCGUGAGGGGAACCUGAUUUAUGUUGACAAAUAUCAUAACAUAAACAAAUUGUCCACCGACAAGAAAACACACAAAAGACUACUAAAGAAUACAGAAUCAUGGGAAGCAAAAUGUGUCCACUGCUCCCCGUUCAAUGCAGAUCUUCUUGUUGGGAUGAGAAGAUAUGAAAGAAAUAAACCUGAUUAUUCGGAUGCUAAAGUAAUGCGGUAUAGCAGUGAAGGACAGGAAAUUGAGACAAUAUAUAACGAUAAGGGUCGAAAACUUUACAAAUUUCCUAGAUACAUCACAGAAAACCAUAAUGGAGAUGUUAUUGUGUCUGAUUUAUACAAACAUGCUGUUGUGGUGACAAAUCCUGAAGGAAUACAUCGUUUUUCUUACACAGGACCCCCAACUGAACCGGAAUUAUCACUAUCUGGAGGAAAACAAUGCUUUACGUACACAAGAAAAGCAAUUAUCAGGUAA